UGGAAUUUUCGAGGAAUUAAUUAAUGAAGUUGAACAACCUUCUCUCUAUAUAUAUCAAGAUGAACCAAAGAAUUUGAUACAUUGAGCCAAAAAUUAUAGUAAGAGCAUCAAGGCAAUAAAAGAAAAAUGGUAAGUGCGUGGUUAGGUGCAAGAGAACUUUCAAUUGAAUGGGCAGACAAUCCAGACCACUGGACAUGGAACUAUAUUUACAACUCGGGUAUGGAAGUAGCUGAGCUUCUCAGCGUUUGUUGGCUCGAUAUUCGAGGAAAGAUAGACACAAGACGGCUCACACGAAAGACAAGUUAUUCGGCAUAUUUAGUGUUCAAGUUAACAGAUAAUGCUUCUGAACUUGAAAGAGCAAUUGCAUCAGUAAGAUUUGUGAAGGAAAAAGCAGAAGGAACUGAUGAAGAGGGCUACACUGUUUUCCUCUCUAAGAGAAAGGAAGAAGGAGAAAAUGGUAUAUUCCCACACCUACGAAGCGAUGAGUAUAUGGAAAUAAAACUAGGUGAAUUUUUCAACAACUUAGGUGAAGAAGGUGAGGUUGAAAUGAGAUUGAUGGAGAACAAAAAUCCUAAUUGGAAAUCUGGGAUUAUUGUUAAGGGCAUUGAUAUUCGUCCAAAUUAAAUUAUAGCCAUGUCCUCUAUCUUUAUGUUUAAGUACUAUUUUCAAUGUGAUUUUUCUACUCGUUAUGUUUGUUUCGUUUCGAUUUUGCGUUGUUUAUGAAUUCUCUUCAAGUCUCUCUAUGUCGUGUAAGAUGUGAGCUUGUACAGAGCAUGUCUUAUGUGUUUUGUACCCAAUUCUGAAUCCGAAAUAAGAGAUUUCAUGGUUUCUACUAGCUAAAAUAUAA